AUGGCGAUUCAAAAGAAGCACGGCAAGGGCCGCCUCGACAAGUGGUACAAGCUUGCAAAGGAAAAGGGCUACCGUGCCAGAUCUGCCUUCAAGCUCAUCCAAUUGAACAAAAAGUAUGGCUUCUUGGAAAAGAGCAAGGUCCUGCUGGAUCUUUGCGCCGCGCCUGGUUCGUGGUGCCAGGUAGCCGCAGAGGUUAUGCCCGUCAACAGCCUGAUCGUCGGCGUUGAUCUGUCCCCCAUCAAACCCAUCCCCAAGGUCAUCACUUUCCAGAGCGACAUUACUACCGAAAAGUGCCGUGCCACCAUCCGUCAGCACCUCAAGACGUGGAAGGCCGACACGAUCCUCCACGAUGGCGCCCCCAACGUUGGUGUCGCAUGGACCCAAGACUCUUUCAACCAGGCCGAGCUCGCCCUGCAAGCAAUGAAGCUCGCCACCGAGUUCCUCGUCGAGGGCGGCACCUUUGUCACAAAGGUUUUCCGUUCCAAAGACUACAACCCAUUGCUCUGGGUGCUUAACCAACUUUUCACAAAGGUGGAAGCCACCAAGCCUCCCUCCUCCCGAAACGUCUCUGCCGAAAUUUUCGUCGUCUGCAAAGGCUUCAAGGCCCCCAAGCGAAUCGACCCUCGCUUCUUGGACCCAAAGUCUGUCUUCGCGGAGCUGGCCGGCGCGACGCCCAACAACGAGGCCAAAGUCUUCAACCCAGAGACCAAGAAGCGCAAGCGAGACGGCUACGAGGAAGGCGACUACACCCAAUUCAAAGAGGUCCCCGCGAGCGAAUUCGUUCAGACCACCGAUCCGAUCGCCAUUCUCGGCAGCUCCAACAAACUCACCUUUCAGCAGCCGCUUGACGGAGACGUCGCGCUUGCUGCGCUCGACAGACUCCCCGAAACGACACCCGAGAUCCGAACCUGUUGUCAAGACCUCAAGGUUCUGGGCCGCAAGGAGUUUAAACUUCUCUUGAAGUGGCGUCUGAGAGUAAGAGAGAUUUUCGGUCUCGGCUCAAAGGAUCCAGCGCCAGACGAGGUAGCAGAGGAAGUGGCCGAAGUGGAGUCGAUGGACGACGAACUCAAGAUUCAAGAAGAGCUGCAGGGGAUGCGAGACAGAGACCAGUCCAAGAAGAAGCGAGAAAAACGCAAGGAGAAUGAACGCAAACAGCGCGAAAUCGUGCGAAUGCAACUCAACAUGGUUGCGCCCAUGGACAUCGGCAUGGAAGAGGCAGGCCCACUUGGCGAGGGCUCCAUGUUUUCGCUGAAAACCGCCGACAAGAGCCAGGCGAUGCGGCGACUGGCUCGCGGCAAAAUGGUUGCAGCAUCAUCCCGAGACAAGAAUCGCGACAGUGGCGUCGGCCAGACUGGAGACGACGAUGACGACAGUGAUGACGAGGAAGACCGGCUAGAGCGAGAGCUUGAUUCCAUGUACAACAACUACCGCGAGCGCAAGGCCGAAGCCGAUGCAAAAUAUCGCGCUAAGAAGGCGAGAGAGGAGCGCGGCGACGAUGAAUGGGAAGGGCUGUCGGAAACUGCAAAAUCCGAGGGGGAUGAAUCGAGCGAGCUGGAUGAGAGUGACGACUCAUCGGAUGACGACGACGAUGAGCAGCCUUCGGCGAGCCUGUUGAUGGACCUCGAUAAUUCGGAAUCAUCAGGCGAUGGGCUGUCCAGACGAGCGACAGCCUUUUUCAACCAAGACAUCUUCAAAGAUAUUACCAACGUCAUUCAAGGGCCAGAAGCCGUCCGGGGCGUAGAGGCUGGGCGGAAGACAAAGGAUGUCGUGCACAAACCAAAGUCGGGACCUGAGCGAGCUUCUCGUGUCAAGUCGACAACUGUCCAAGUGCAAUCUGCAGCUGACUCAGACUCGGAGAAUGGGCAGUUUGAGGUUGUCAAAACUGCGGAAGUGGACGACUGGGAAGAGGAACCGAAACGGCGUUCAGAUGGACGGUUUGACAUCGACAUCGUUACAGCAGAGGCAAUGACACUGGCGCACCAGCUCGCCACUGGUCAAAAGACGUCACAGGAUGCCAUUGACGAGGGAUUCAACAAGCAUGCCUUCCGCGACCGGGACGGGCUUCCGGAAUGGUUCUUGGACGACGAGACGAGACACGAUAAGCCUCAGAAACCCAUCAGCAAGGCUGCUGCACAAGCAAUCAAGGAGAAGAUGCGGGCUUUCAACGCCCGACCCAUCAAGAAGGUGCGGGAGGCAAAGGCCCGGAAAAAGUUCAAAACUGCCCAGAGAUUCGAGAAGCUCAAGAAAAAAUCGGACAUGCUCGCCAAUGACGAGGGCAUGACGGAAAAGGACAAGGCCGAGAGCAUUGCUAAGCUGCUCAGCAAGGCUGCUCGGAAGAAGCCAUCGCAGCCGGCCAAGCUGGUUGUGGCCAAGGGCGCAAAUCGGGCCAUCCAAGGUCGACCGAAGGGAGUCAAGGGCCGGUACCGGAUGGUGGACCCAAGGAUGAAGAAGGAGCUGAGAGCUCAGAAGAGGGUGUCUCAACGCAAGAAGAGGUAG